AGCCCAGAUGGACUAAACUACAAUGACCGGCGUGCCCUGUGCUCCGCGCCCCUUCUCUUUCAGCGUCUGCGACUUGAACGGCUUGGUGGACCUGCUGACUGGAAACCGAUAUGGCGGCCACUCUGGACAGUGGGGAGCACUGGACCGAAGCUUACAUUGAUGCAAUUAGAAGAAACAAAUACUCAGAAGACAGACCACCUGAGAGUCGUGACCCCUGUGGUUGCUGUAACUGCAUGAAGGCACAAAAGGAAAAGAAGUCUGAGAAUGAGUGGAAUCAGACCCGGCAGGGAGAAGGGAGCUCAACUUAUACUCAGGAACAGCUGCUUGGGGUACAAAGAAUCAAGAAGUGCAGAAAUUACUAUGAAAUUCUGGGAGUUUCUCAAAAUGCCAGUGACGAAGUGCUUAAGAAAGCUUACAGAAAACUUGCCCUGAAAUUUCAUCCUGACAAAAACUGUGCUCCGGGAGCAACAGAUGCUUUCAAAGCAAUAGGGAAUGCCUUUGCGGUCCUGAGCAAUCCUGACAAAAGACUCCGCUAUGAUGAAUAUGGAGAUGAGCAGGUGACAUUCACUGCACCUCGAGCCAAAUCUUAUAAUUACUACAGGGACUUUGAAGCUGACAUCACUCCAGAAGAACUAUUCAAUGUCUUUUUUGGAGGACAUUUUCCUACAGGAAAUAUUCAUAUGUUCUCAAAUGUGACAGAUGACACUCACUACUACCGCCAGAGGCACCGCCAUGAGAGGACACAGACACAGAAAAGAGAGGAAGAUGAUAAACCUCAGACUACAUAUUCUGCAUUUGUUCAGCUGCUUCCAGUUCUCGUGAUCGUGAUUCUAUCUGUAAUUACUCAGCUGCUGGCUGCUAAUCCCCCAUAUAGUCUGUUCUAUAAAUCGACCUUGGGUUAUACCAUUUCUAGAGAAACGCAGAACCUGCAGGUGCCUUACUUCGUGGAUAAAAGUUUUGACAAAACUUACAGAGGAGCAUCUCUUCGUGAUCUGGAGAAAACAAUAGAGAAAGAUUAUAUCGAUUACAUCCAGACAAGUUGUUGGAAGGAGAAACAGCAAAAGUCCGAGUUGACCAAUUUGGCAGGAUUAUACAGAGAUGAACGACUGAAACAGAAAGCAGAGUCGCUGAAACUUGAAAACUGUGACAAACUAUCCAAACUCAUUGGCCUCCGCAGAGGUGGCUGAGAAGAUGGUGGUCCUGCUCAGGGUGGGAGUUUUGUUACUUGUUACUAUUUGUGUUACAAGUUCCAUUUUAUAAUACAAAUUAGGAAAUGAUAAAUA